AUGUCAAGCUUGCAUCCGCACAUGAUGCAUUCAUCAGCUCUUGCCAUGCCCUCGCAAAGGGAGCUGGAUCAGCUUCAUGUGCGAUUGGCACAGGAAGAGCAAUCCCUGCGCGACUUGAAGCAGCACGCCCCCACGGCCCCACCGCGAGUGGAGCAGUGGCGGUAUUUGCCUCAGGACGGUACCCCCAUGCAAAUUCUGGUUUCUCCCAGCGUUGAUGGGCCAAAGUCGCAGCAUGUUCUGCAUCCUGGCGACAUCUUCACAGUUGUGGAUACCGUAACCCACACUGGCAUGACCUUUCUCAGACUCCAAGAUGGUCGGGGCUGGGCAUUGCAAUCCAAGCCUGCGGGCAGCUGGCUGUCAUUCUUUGGCGGAGAGCCGACGACGCUUUGCAUUCCUUUUUCCGGGUCUCAAGAACCAGAUCCACGAGCGGGACAAUUCAGCAGACCGUCGACGUUGAGUUCAGCACUGCCACCAGACCGUCCGACAGCACCUCAGACGCAACUCCGCAUAGAUGCAGCGGUUCCACAAAGUGGCCUUUCAAGCCGCAGAUCUGAUGUCGUUGGCUUGCUGGGAAACACUGCCCCGGGCCUGGGCGAGUCACAGUCUAAACCUACCGACAGUGCCAGCAAAGCGCCGCAGCUGCACGUUCGCGUACUUUCUGCAAAGGGUUUGCGGAACAUGGACAUCGGUAGCUUUUUCGGCAACAAGUCCGAUCCGUAUGUUGUGGUUCGUUGCGGAAAAGAGCAUCGUCAAACCCCAGUCAUCGACAACAAUCUUGACCCGGUAUGGACAGACGGUCGAGACUUCACUUUCGACUUCAAUGCUGCACCAAACCUUCUGGAAUUGGAAGUGUUCAACUCCAACAUGUUCGUUGACGACACGCUGGGCAAAACAUCGCUCUUGCUGAAUAGCAUUCCAAUGGGCAGGUGGGUCAGGAAACAGGACCAGUUACGAGGGUCUUCUGCAGUUGCGCCGGCAGAGGGGGAGCUCGAGUACGAAGUCCUCAUCGAAGGAGAUAGUGAGGGCCGAGGUGCUGGGGCUAUUCUUGCGGGUGCGGCGCACCGUGCCGGUGAGCAGGACAUACAACCUGGCAUUUACAAGGUGAUGGCUGGGACAGCAGUGUACAGGACUUCCACCGGUUGCAGUGAUCGCGACGCCGUUGGCCACCUGGCAGCUGGCCAGCAGGUUUCCGUGCAACAGGUGCUGAACUGCCCAUCUGAGCAGAGAGUUCGUGGGCGCAUCGAUGACCCACAUGGAUGGAUCCCGCUGCUUGACACUAGCGACGGAUUUCGAUGGGUGCUUCCGGUUGUGACGAAGACUUUCGUGGUUGACAACACUUGGCUACAAGCUUCCUGUGGUGGACUUGGCUACCGCUUCAGCAGAGAUCUGAAUGACAAGGAUGUUCGACCCGGGGAGCUGGGGGGAGCGCCAUGGAACUCUGUGGUGCAUGGCGAAGACCAAGGUGACGGCUGGCUCAAGGUGGCUGAUGGACGAUAUUUACCGAUGCGUGUCAAUGGCUAUCCAGUGCUGAAGGCAUCGGAUAGCCUGGACUCCAAAAGCAUCGAUGAAACUGCGGCGGCUGAAGAGGAACUUGACAGGCUCUGCGUCUGGGAAGCACCUGCCAAAGAGCAAGAUGCCAAUGACCCUCCUAGAGCUGGAUCCUUCGACUACACUGCACUUCUGCGUGGCCACCAAGCGGUAAAACGCCGACAAACACGUCGCCGAAUAGGCUUGCAGACAGACGGAAAUCGCUUCGCUGCCCACGGUUCUCUGCUCUUGAGGAAGCUGCGGCUUACGAACAAGACCAGCGGUGAAGACGACAGCUCCAAAGUCGUAUCUGGUCGAGACCAGUGGAGUGAGUUCAAGAAGGACCAGAUCGAGGAACAGCGUCUCAAUGUUGUCCUCGAGGAGUCUGAAACAGAACCAUCAGCACCCCAUCAAGAUAACUAUGGGUUUGGGUGCGGUCCUGUGGAUGCCUCCAGAGCGACAGGCGGUGAGGCCCCAGUUGAUUUGCAAGUAAAGUAUGAUGAGCUGGUGCAGUACACUCUCAUGCUAGAAAAGCAGAAGAAAAAGCUAGAGGCCGAGAUAGAAGAUCUGAAGUCCUCAAAGAGUUUAUCCUCCGGUGAGAGUGGUGGGUACAAUGCGUUCCACAUCGUUCUGGUGGCGCUGAUUGCUUUCAUGCUGUCCUACGCUGUGAAAUUCCUGGGAUGA